UAUAUAGACCUCUCUCAGCUCUCCAUGUCCAAAUUUUUAGUUUCUCUGCAAAUUCUUACAAUCUCCUCCCUAGUUCUGAGUGUUGGAAACCCUAAUUUCUUAAAUCGAAUUAGUUGGUAGAUUGAGUUUUUCUUUUUUCAGAUCAGUAAAAGGGGUUUUUACUCUAGAAUUGCGAUAAGAUCACCCAUGGUUGAGUGCAAAAUGGAGGAAAUGCCUCUCUCCGCUCUCUUCGAACAAGCUCGUAAAAUCCAUCUAUUGGCUACGGAGUCCGGCGAAGCUGAUCAGGAGGUGGUGAGGAAGGGUUGUGAGGCUCUUCGAAAGUGCGAAGAUAUGGUAUGUAAGCUUGGGUUGUUCUCGACUAACGAGACCAAGGAGGAUAUCAGCACCAAUAAUCUCAAAUACAUUCUGGUGCCAUUUUAUCUCGGGGAAUUGACUGAAAGGGUCGAGGAAGAUGACAGGACACAGAUUCUAAAGGCUUCCCAAGCAAAGUUAAAGGAAUUCAUUACAUUUUGUGAGACAAUGGAACUUUUACCACAAGAAGAGUUAGAGGCAUCUACACAGAGAAACUCAGAUUCACAUGUUGAUCGAAGGGCCAGAAAGAUUGCUCGCUUUAAACGUCAAAAAGCUGCUGAAUCAAAGUUGUUGGAAAUUAAGGAGCGGAAAGAACGACGUGGACGCUCUAGUAGAGCAGCUGCCCUUUCCACUCCUGUUGAGGCUGGCGAGGAAGAUGUGCUGGAUGAUGAUGGAGAAGAAGAACGGGAGGCCUGGUUUACUACCAUCUCUUUGGCUAUCUGUAAGGCUUUGGAUUUGUUGGAAAUGCUAAAGAAAGAGGAAGAGAUGCUAUCAGCAAUGAAGGAAAAACAAGAAAAGGAGGGUGACAUACAGUUUUUUCGGGAUCUUCUUGAUGAUCGAACCAGAAGAGCUGAAUCCUGGCAUCGUGAUGCUUCAGUUCGAGCACAGUACACUAAACCAGCACCACCUAUCACAUGUGCUACCUUUGCACAAGAUGUUCUAGAAGGUAGAGCAAAGGUCUCACAAGCACAUGAGCAUAAACACCAGCCAAUGAUAUUUGGACCACAGAGUGUUAUUAGUGGAGGCUUUUCAAGUGAAAGAGAAAGGAUGGCAGCGCAGGUUUUCCAACCGGGAUUCAGGAUGCCAACCAUGAGCAUAGAAGAAGCUGGUUUGAAGGAGAUGGAGAUGAUGAACAAUUGGCAGGAGAGGAAUGCUAAACUCAUGGAAGAAGCCAAUUCUUCAUGGUACAAGGACAAUAAGAUAACUGGUCCAAGGAAAGAUGAUGAAGAUGAAGACGAAGAUAUUGAUGCCGCCCAAGAUAAAGCAAGGGCAUGGGAUGACUGGAAAGAUGAUAACCCCCGGGGUGCAGGCAACAAGAAGCUCACUCCAUGCGGGUAAAAUUGAGACACGAGAAUAAUUGUAAUCUGUUCCUGUUGGGGAAUAUCACAGAUUCUAUUCCAAGGAGCUUAGUAAUUUUAUUCUCCUUCUUCAUAAUUUAAUUGUGUAGUAAAAUUCAAAAUUUUGUAAUAGUGUGGUUUCUCUAUGUUUAUUACUAGAUUCAACUAAUGUUCAAUGCCCUUCUAGAUGUUGAAGAUAACAAUUACUUGAUGCAAAAUUAUAGCUGGUUGGUCACUA